UUUUCACUUCUCUCAAUCAUUUGUUGCUUAUUCUCUCAAUUUAUUCAUCAAGCGUCUCAAGCAAUGACCGAUGCCAAUACUACUACUUUGCUUUUGACUGACCCCGACUCAAUCGGUGUUCCCUCAACGGGGGGUUCGGGCGCGGAACUGCCUUCAAUUGCAGUAUGGGCUGCGGGGGGUUUUGCAUUCACUGCGACCAUGAUCUCAAUGGUGGCAAUCUGGAUGCAGCUUAAGCACUAUCGCAAGCCGCUAUUGCAACGAUAUGUUGUGAGGAUCUUAUUAAUGGUUCCUAUAUUCGCCAUAUCCUCAUGGAUAUCGCUUGUGUCUCUCAGUAUGGCCUUUUAUGUCGAUGCUCUAAGGGACAUUUACGAGGCUUUUGUUAUUUAUUGCUUUUUUGGCUUACUUGUGUCCUACCUUGGAGGCGAACGUUCAUUGUUAUUGAUGCUUCAUGGAAGGCCCUACACGAAGCACCUUUUUCCAGUCUGCCUUUGGCACAAAGAGAUCGAUGUGGGCGAUCCAUACUCGUUCUUGUUCAUCAAGCGUGGGAUUCUGCAAUAUGUCUAUGUUAAGCCUGUGCUAGCAGCAGCUACCAUGCUUCUUAAGUCCAAUGGCGCUUACAAUGAUGGGUCCAUUUCACUCGAAUCAGGGUACUUUUGGGUAUCGUUCAUCUAUAACCUGAGUGUCUGUCUUAGUCUGUACUGCUUGGGUGUCUUCUUUAUGGCUACACAGGAUGAUCUUGAAGAGUUUCGACCAAUUCCCAAGUUUUUGUCUAUCAAGGUGGUUAUUUUCUUUUCCUUUUGGCAAGGAUUUGCCAUCUCUCUUUUGGUGGCAACUGGCCUGAUGAGUAACACCUCGCCUGAAAUUGCCGUUGCGAUCCAGGACUUUUUAAUAUGCUUCGAAAUGGUUUUUGCAGCACUUGGCCAUUGGUAUGCCUUCUCACAUAGAGACUACACAGAAACCGAUAUACAGUCUGCGAGGAUGCCAGUCUAUUACGCUAUUCGAGAUGCGUGUGGCAUACAAGAUAUCAUUCAGGACUCCCUUGAGACUCUGAAGGGUACGCGCUUCACAUAUCGGACAUUCGAGCCAUCCGAAGGUAUGGCCACCGUAGGUAAAAGCCGAGAUGGACGAAUUGCUGCUGGCCUUCGAUACAGUCAAGGAGGGCAGACCAAAUACUGGUUACCAGAACCCGAAUCCCCCGUUGGUCCCAUGACUGAGAGGACGGUUCGCCACGAUUCGUCCGGAAUCCAUGAUAGUAGUAGUAAGAGGGGGCUUUCAAGGCCUCAGCUACCUGACCGUGCUCCUAGUCUGCAUUUCUAUGGUAUAGGAGAUGAUGAUGAUGAUAUUGAAGAGCUCUAUGACGCUAGUAAACAAAUGGAGUAUGGUGAUUAUAAUUUCCCAGCCAUUGAUGUUUACGAUCCCAGUAAGCAGCAGGUGCUUAUUAGUAAAGAUGAUGCAUACAAUUUCAAGAAAAUCAAGGAUAGCACGUGGCUUUCACAGGGGAAAAACAGGUCUAGUUUGGUUUCUAAAGGCAUAUCGUCCAUCUUUGGAAGAGAAGGAUGGACCAUGUUUACCACGUUGCCUGUCUCUACACCGAUACCACAGACGACAGGCGAAACGGUAGAUAGAUCGAUGAAUAUGUAUGCAACUCUACCUACGUCAUCUCCAGCGCCAUUAUUGAAAGGAGAAGGCGGGAUGGUGCAAUGGAGAUAUGGAUGCAUUGACAAUGUGAACGGUUAUAUACCUCAGCGAAAGCCUCGGAGAGAGAUGCGGCGAUCUGGGCACCCCAAGCCAGAGCAGUUUGAUGCAAAGGAAUUUGGAUUUGAAUCUUAUCAACAAGCAGCUGACGAGCCGCAGCAACAAGAUUCUAAUCGCUUGGAUCCUUUUUCACACAAGUUACAGCAACAGCCACCUGGGCUACCACAACAAGUUCAUUUUGUAUUUGACAUUACAGAGGAAUAUAUAGAUUUUAUUGGCCCUUAGACGGUGGUUAAACUAUCAAGUAAUCAGAUAAGCGC